UCACGUUUCCUGCCUUGCAGAGGACGUUUGGGGUCAACUUUUUACGCGAUUUUGUACCCUUAGUUGGCCUCAAAACGCCAAGUUACGAUGCAGCUCGCCGCACUUAGGCACCUACCUCGACUUUCCGCGACUACCCUUCUAAAGGCGUCACUCCCGACAGCGUCAGUGCGUGCUUCGAGUAGUCAACCCACCUUCACGAAAGAUGGCCGUGAAAUCCUUCACGUCCCCAACGAGCCUCCCGAAAGGGACCUGGUGAACUUUCCCCGACUCAAGAGGCCGCUGUACCCCGGCAAAGUCCGACUUUCCUUCAUUCCGGACGAGUGGUUUCAGGCUUUCUACCACAAGACGGGCGUCACCGGACCCUACCUGUUCGGCACCGGCCUGCUCGUCUACCUGUACUCGAAGGAAAUCAUGAUCAUGGAGCACGAGUUCGCCUCCGGUUUUACUUUGGCGCUUAUGGCGUACGUGGCGGUCAAGAAGUUCGGGCCCGGCGUGAGGGCCUACCUGGAGAAAGAAGCCGAUUUGGAGGAGAAAGCUAUCGAUGACUACCGACUGGGCGGCAUCGAAACCUACAAAGAAGCCAUCAAGAACGAAGAACACGCCCAGUGGGAAGCGCAAGGCCAGCACUACCUGUUCGAGGCCAAGCGCGAGAACGUGGCACUGCAGCUUGAAGCCGAGUUCCGCAAGCGCCAGAUGUCGGUGUACGAGGAGGUGAAGAAGAGGCUCGACUACCACCUCGAGGUGCAGAACGUGACGCGAAGGCUCCAGCAAAAGCACAUGGUCGACUGGAUCGUCAACAACGUGCUGAAGGGCAUCACUCCGCAGCAGGAGAAGGAUUCGCUGCAACAGUGCAUCGUUGACCUCAAAUCCCUGGCGGCCAAGGCUUGAGAGCAGGUCUCGGCGACCAUUGUAAAGAAGUGGUAAUAAAGGAUUCGUGGUUAGU